CGGAGCGUUUAGAUAAGCUGUGAUAGUCAGUGAGGAGGAUAGAAAGUGUGUGUGUGUGUGUGUGUGUGUGUGUGUGUGUGUGUGUGUGUGUGUGUGUGUGUGUGUGUGUGUGUGUGUGUGUGUGCUUCUACAUAAGCUCUUUAAAAAGGCGUUAUUAUCGAUAGGCUGAUCGAUUCUAGGCUUCGGUUUUCUGCUCUAAUAUCUCAUUUAGUUUAGUUGUUUUCUGUGUUAUGACUAUUUUCACUGAAGCAGAAAUAUUAUAAGGUAUAACUUUAUUAUUAGAGCUGAAACAAUCACCGAUAUUGAUUGUUAUUGUUUAACUUAUUGAUUAAUGAGGCAAAGAUUUCUGGAUUCUUUGGUUGCAGCUUUUUAAACAGCACUACAUGCCCCACUCAUCUUCAUCAGGAGGAGGAGGAGGAGGAGGAGGAGGAGGAGGAGGAGGUUUGUAUCUGGAUGCCUAUGAGGUCUCCUUCCCCCUGGAGGAGAGUAUGGAGAGACCUCCUGCGUACCACCUGAACCAGGGUCAGCAGAUGAUGGACGGUACGCCUCAGCUACGACACAUCACUGCUGCUGUUACCAUCUCCUCCCCCCUCGCUCCCUCUCUCCUCUGUUUCCUCCUCUCCUCUCUUCUAUUCAAUUUCUUUCUCUCUUCUCCUUUGUUUCUUCCCCUUCCCUCCCCCUCCUCUUCUCUCAUUUCCUCUUUUCUCCUCCCUUCUUCUCCUUUUCCUCCUCCCUCUUCUGUUUUCUUUCCUCCUCUCCUUUUCUCCCCUCUCUUCUGUUUCCUCUCCUUUCCUCCUCUUCUCUCCCUCCUUCAUGUCCUCCUCCCUUCUGUUCUGUUUCCUCCUCUCUUCUGCUCCCUCUCCUUUCGUCUGUUUUCUCCCCUUCCCUCCUCUCCCCUUCUUUUCUCUUCUCCCCCCUGCUCUCCUUUCCUUUCCUCUUUUCUGUUUCCUCCUCUCUUCCUCUCUUUUCUCUUCUGUCUCCUUCACUCCUCUCCUCUCCUCCCCCACCUCUCUUCUCCUCUAAAUCCUCCUCCCCCCUGCUCUGUUUCCUUAACUUCCCUCUUCUCCUCCCCCUCCUUUCCUUCGUUUCCCUCCCCUUCUCUUCUCUUCUCCCCUCUCCUUUCCUCUCUUUCUGCCUCCUGGCCUCUCCUCUUGUCUAUUUCCUUCGCUUCCCUCCUCUCCUCUCUCUCCUCAUCCCCCUCCUCUCCUCCCCCUGCAGAGCCCAUGGUGCAGGAGCCUCCUCACUCCCAGUACAGCCCUUUCAUCCUGGUCUCUAACCUGCGAGCUCACCUGUACGUCGCUCUGGAGAAGAACGCCUGGCUGCAGAAGCGCAUCGAGGAGCUCGAGGAGGAGCGCAACUUCCUGCGCUGUCAGCUGGACCGCUUCAUCGUCAGCAUGAGGCCUCCGGAGGUGACAGAGUGGUGUGGAGACCCCCAGCGCGGUGUGAAGGUCCAGCCCGCCAGCUCUCCGUCUCCUCCCUCCCCCAUGACCACCAGGUCUGGAAUGACCCUGAAACGCCUGCAGGGACCGGGACCUCGGACCCGCCGCAGCGCCGCCAUCCCCGUCAAGCAGGAGUUUCACCUGGAGGAGGACAAAUACUACACCGACGACGAGUACGUGGAGGAAGAGGAGGAGGAGGAGGAGGAAGAGGAGGACUCGUCAGUGGAGAAGGGGUCAAAGAAGAAGGGCAGAGGGCGAGCCAACGGGGAGCCGAGGAUGAAGAUGAGGAGGAUCUUCAGGAUCACCCACGGGAGGGAGAGACAGAGAGUUAAAGACCCAGACGGGGUUUUGAUUCGCUAUAAGAAGAUCCUGUCCACGUACCAGCGGGUGAGGAGCAUGUCCCGAGCCUUCCAGAUCCACGGCGUCGACCGUAACACCAUGGCCUCCACCUCCCCCAUCGCCGAGCUGCUGCUGGUGGCUCCGGAGAAGGUGGCGGAGGUCGGGGAGUUCGAGGCGUCGAAGGAGAAGCUUCUGGAUUACGCCCGGCGGUGCUACAAGACCAUGGACGAGCCGACGCACGGCAAGGUCCAGACCAUGAAGAAGACUCACAAGCUGCUGCCGAUCUCCUACAGGUUCAGAAACUGAGCGACGGGAGGGAAGAGUGAAGGCCGGCAGCAGGUUUCUACACUAACUCACUAAAUAUUUGGAUUUUUAUUUAUUUUAUGUUUGUUUUUUUUGUGCACUUUAACAACUUUUAUUUGAAGCAGAUAGAUGUGAGAAAAGAUUAGAUGCCAAAGUACAGAAAUAACUUGAUUCAAGUAUGAUUUUUUUUUCCAAAAAGCAACUUGAUUUAUUUAAAUAUCUGUGAUUUAUAUUUGUUGUUGGCAGGUUUCUGUUUGUCUGUAGUUCAGUUGUAUUGAAUGUUGUGACUGAAGUUGUUUUUGCUUCCCCUCAGGAGUUAAACUGAUGUUCUACUUUAACCAGAAGAUUCAGUUUAUUGUGAAUUAUAAAGUUAUAAGUUAUAUUAUAAAGCGCACUGACACAUUUUACAACACACACACACACAUACAAUAUUUCGCUCUUUGAGUUGAGGCUCUAAGUUUAACUUUUUGUUUUAUAUCAAAAGAGAUAUAUUUAUUUUCUUUAUGUUUUAUUUAUUAUUUUGUCAAAUAUGUACAUUUGAUAUGUAUUAUUGGAAAAGAAUAUUUGUCAUAUAUCUCAUGCCUAAGUUUUUUUGUUUUGUUUUUGUAAAGUUAAUACAAGGUGUGAAAUGUCACUUCAUGCAACAGAUUAAAAGACUUUAAAUGUUCAA